AUGAGCUGUGAGGCGCAUGGCAUGAGCUAUGAGGCGCAUGGCAUGAGCUAUGAGGCGCAUGGCAUGAGCUAUGAGGCGCAUGGCAUGAGCUAUGAGGCGCAUGGCAUGAGCUAUGAGGCGCAUGGCAUGAGCUAUGAGGCGCAUGGCAUGAGCUAUGAGGCGCAUGGCAUGAGCUAUGAGGCGCAUGGCAUGAGCUAUGAGGCGCAUGGCAUGAGCUAUGAGGCGCAUGGCAUGAGCUAUGAGGCGCAUGGCAUGAGCUAUGAGGCGCAUGGCAUGAGCUAUGAGGCGCAUGGCAUGAGCUAUGAGGCGCAUGGCAUGAGCUAUGAGGCGCAUGGCAUGAGCUAUGAGGCGCAUGGCAUGAGCUAUGAGGCGCAUGGCAUGAGCUAUGAGGCGCAUGGCAUGAGCUAUGAGGCGCAUGGCAUGAGCUAUGAGGCGCAUGGCAUGAGCUAUGAGGCGCAUGGCAUGAGCUAUGAGGCGCAUGGCAUGAGCUAUGAGGCGCAUGGCAUGAGCUAUGAGGCGCAUGGCAUGAGCUAUGAGGCGCAUGGCAUGAGCUAUGAGGCGCAUGGCAUGAGCUAUGAGGCGCAUGGCAUGAGCUAUGAGGCGCAUGGCAUGAGCUAUGAGGCGCAUGGCAUGAGCUAUGAGGCGCAUGGCAUGAGCUAUGAGGCGCAUGGCAUGAGCUAUGAGGCGCAUGGCAUGAGCUAUGAGGCGCAUGGCAUGAGCUAUGAGGCGCAUGGCAUGAGCUAUGAGGCGCAUGGCAUGAGCUAUGAGGCGCAUGGCAUGAGCUAA